UUCGCUUGCCCGCUGCUCAUGGAGCGGCUGACGUUGCCUCCCGGCGGCGCGGCGGCGGUGGACGAGUACCUGGAGUACCGGAGAAUUGUAGGGGAUGAUGAUGGAGGGAAACUGUUUACUCCUGAAGAAUAUGAAGAAUAUAAAAGAAAAGUUGUCCCUAUGCGUCUGCAGAACAGAUUAUUUGUGAGUUGGCGGUCACCAACAGGAAUGGAUUGCAAACUUGUGGGCCCAGAGACACUGUGUUUUUGUACUCACAGGUAUAAACAACAUAAAACAGACUUUGAAGUGCUCCCACAGCAGCGCCCUAUUGAUCUGCCGUGCCGAGUGAGCGGGUGUCUCUGCAGGGCUUACCAUUACGUCCCUUUGAACGGGACCCAGCCCAUCCGCUGCAGGUGCAAACACUUUGCUGAUCAGCACAGUGCUGCGCCUGGCUUCACAUGCAAUACCUGCUCAAAGUGUUCAGGAUUCCACAGCUGCUAUACUUGUGCCUGCGGUCAGCCUGCCUAUGCCCACGACACAGUGGUGGAAACAAAGCAAGAGAGGUUGGCUCAGGGAAAGCCAGUGGGCCGGGAUGUUCCUUAUGCAGCAAUGGGGGGUCUGACUGGCUUCAGCUCGCUGGCAGAAGGAUACAUGCGCUUGGAUGACAGUGGGAUUGGUGCACCUUCAGUUGAAGUUUUAGACGCGCCAGUUACUGCCAUGGACCACCCAUUUCUGAAAGCAUUGAGGGAACCAUCUAGUUCUUCUGCAAGAACACUAGCAGAUGUAGGUACAAGUUCUCAAAUGUCUUCCUUAAGGAGACCUGAAGAGGAUGACAUGGCUUUCUUUGAAAGACGAUACCAGGAAAGGAUCAAAAUGGAAAAAGCUUCCAAGCAGAAAGGAAAAGCUCCAUUGCCAUCAGCAACAAAGCCUUCAUGAAGUCUGCCAUACAGAUAUAUCUUUUCCUGCUUAGUCAAAUGUAAUAAUAUGGUUCAUUUCUUCUCAGUUUAUAUACUUUCUUACUGUAUAAAUAUGUCUUUUUGAAUAUUUACUUAACUUAUUGAAAUAAAUGAAAUUACAUAUUA